GUCACACUCUGGAGAAACAGUUUGACGACGCAAACAAACAAGUUCUUCGUAUUCGUUGUAAAUAUUAUCAUGCCUGCGUUACCGUACGGGAACUACAGGAUGAAGAAGAGGUACAUGACAUAGAAGGUUCCAUACUGUACUUUAACGCAGAAAAGACUUCUAGCUGGCAGGACGCUCAGCGUUGGAUGAAUGUGAUCGAUCGGGCUGGGAUUCCUUUGCGACUUUUAGUAUGUCACCGUAUCCCGCCAGAAUCGCAUUUGUUCUAUCAAAUGGCCGUUGAAAAACAAUUCGAACUGAUCGAGCUGAACCCAAACCCGGAUGAUAUAGAAGAAGGUGAGGAGUUCGGAGUGAGAAGAAUCAAGUCCGCGUUGGAGGCGCACCUGUGGCCGAACAUGGAGCUUUUGGGUAAGCACUGUUGUCAUACCCCUGAAGUUGUUUCUGCCGAUCACAUCGGUGGUGGGUGA